AUGCUGCCGUCAGUAGCCCAGCCACCAUCGCAUCAUUUCCUGCCGCACAACCACCUGGACCACGACCUGUCAUUCGACCCGUUGCACACGUUAUAUGACGGCGCGACCGGUGCUCUCUACCCAAACCAGCGCCAUGGGGCCAUGGACCAACAUUCUACUGCGUCGCUGCAGCCCACCCCGGCAUCGAGAGUUCAAUACAUGCGUCCGAUCCAACGACCGAAUCCCCGCCCCACCAUUGGUGCAGGUCAAUUGCGUGAUGUCAAUGGCUUAGAGAGCACUCUUCGCCGGAAAACACCAAGUGGGACCCUUGCCGCUGGAUACGAUGCAACCGACAGCUCUGUGCAACCUCCGGCCUCGAAGCACAUCCUGGUCUCUUCUUUGGAGAACGACCAGCUUAUGAUGCCUCGCGCUGCUAUCUCCAUGGACACCUUACAGUACAAGGCGCUGGACCCACCUAACCUUUUGCAACGUCAGAAUUUCGCUCCUGAUUUCAAAGCUGAUGCCAAUAGACUCAACGCGCUCCAUAACACCGUACCUCAGGGAGCCCAUCAUACCAACUGGAUUCGGUCGUUAAAUUACCCACAAAGUAUAGAGUCGGUUUUACAACAUAGCUCUACUUUGACUCCAUCCCAGAGAGUCUACUGGCAGAAUAUACCCGCCAUCCCGACAGUACUAGCAUCAUCGUUUCAACCCGGUGGUCGUGGAUCGGCUGAUUCGGCGGGCCUGGGGCAGUACGGUCCAUAUUGGCCUGACGGCGGGUACAUACCUUAUCGUCCCGCUGCCUUCCGGGAUUCACGUUAUCAAUCUAUUCCAAUUCUUGGCCAAAGUCUUACUCCUGAUAAUACCAAUUCAUUUCCUCGCUUUCAACCCAGCUUCGCUUCCCAAUCCAUCAACCCCCCUGAAAUUAUACCCUCAGGUUUGUCCUGGAAUACUCUCGCUCCACAACCUAACCAAGCACCACACACUCUAUACAACCCCGAACCUCUAGACGAACAACGCUUUCCUCCCCGUCAUCCCCCUCAAAAAACACCGGAAGUAUUUUGGAAUCAGAACGGUGUUCCGUUUGCUCCGACACAGCCAACUAAUCAGAAUACUCAUCAAAUACAUCCUAUAGAUAAUAGCGCCUGGCAGACCCAGCCUCUGGGGCUUCAAUCAGGCGUCCAGGGAGCUGUUCACCAACCCAGGAAUGCCGAAUUUAAGGAGAAGAUACUAGCUUGGGCUCACAGUGUUUACGUUGACUUACUAGCCUCGUUGCAUAACGCCCGGAGAAAAAGUGCCGCACAGGGGAUUUCCGACGCCAGAUCGCGCGACAUUAACAAGCCAUGUAUCUUUCCCAAACCGCCUCGCCAGCCUGGCUCCGAUUUUUCGCAGUCGUCACAUCUCGAGAAUAACCGUGGACCGCCAUUCCCCGUACAUCAACAACAUCCGGUGCCAGCUGGCAACUUUAUAGACACUAGACGCCAUUCAACGCAUUUCACACCCUCCCAUAUUGGUUUCCCACACCAUGGUCAGGAAGGGCGUGGCCAUUUCACUCAACAGCUCGAUGGCUUCCGGACUAUCCGCCGUUCAUCUGCUGCCUCGGUGCCUCGCAUGCUUAACCCAGCUUUCAAAGGAGUGUCGGCAGCGGAAAAUGCAGCGUCCGCCUUGGAGAUUCUUUCAAGCUUAUGCAUUGAAAGUAAUUGGGAUUGGAUCGAUGGGAUGCUUGUGGGAGGUUGCCUUGCAUACGGUCUAGGUGAUUAUCCCAAGGCUAUGCGAUGGUACAACCGAAUUAUCAACAAAGAUCCUUCGCAUGUUGAAGCGAUAUCAAAUCUCGCUGCUACUCUCCUCGCUCUGGAGCGUCGUGAUGAAGCUCUUGAACAUUGGUUCCGAGCCAUAAAACUCAGGCCAAGCUAUUUUGAAGCCGUAGAGCACCUUGUUGGCCUUCUGUGUAGCAGUCAACGUGGCAAAGAUGCUGUUAAUGUUAUCCAGUUCGUCGAACAAGCGCUCCGCUUGCCUCCGAGCGGUGAUUGCUUCAAAGGUCAAGGCCUAGAUGAAGACUCCGGGAGCGAAUCGGAAGGCAGAGAGUCGAGCGUUUCAGUAGCCGAAUCUAUCGAUAGGGUAGCAUUUGAUUAUGCGGACGACCUUCAAAGUCCCCUUGCCUUCGCUGCUCGCCCAACACAAAUGGCACCGGACGGCUUUGGAUCAAGUGGCUACGCGAUACCUGGAUCUGACAACGGAAGAAUGAUCGCAUUGAUACACGCGAAGGGUAAUAUGCUCUAUGCUUUGGGUGAUAACGUUGGAGCUGCUGCGGCUUUUGAAGAUGCCAUUCUUAUCGGAGCUGGCAGACCACGAAGCAUCAAAAGCCUGAUCCGCAAAGUUCUCUCCGCGUACAAUGAUGAAAACCACCAUGGCGUGCAUUCUGCUACCAGACGCCAGAAAUUUAACAGUACACUUCUCCUUUUCCCAGACAAGGCUUUACAAACGGCAAAAUUAGUAUUCCCACCUAAUGGGAAUAUCCCAGGUUUACAGUAUGUACCUGAAGGCAUGAGCAAAAAAGCAGCUAUUUCGACAACCAGCAAUUCGCUUCUCUCUCUAGCGAAGAUCUAUCAGGAUGGAAUGUCCAAUACAUCGGUGUCGGGAAAUUCCAGACCUACUCCUGGAGUUAGAGACAUCCUUGCACUUUACUACCUUUCUCUCUCCCUGCAACCCAGUCCAUCGACCGCGAAUAACGUUGGAAUCCUUCUCGCAAGCAUUCAAAAUACUGGAUCCUCAAAGGCAACACGAACAGCCGGUGAAAGCCAGCUUCCCGAUAUUCCAGGCGUCGUGCCAGGCAGCGGAAUCGCUCUUGCGCUGGCUUAUUAUAACUAUGGGCUGAAUCUUGAUUCAAAGCAUGCUCACCUUUAUACUAACCUUGGAAGUUUGCUGAAGGAUAUUGGUCAACUUCCGGCUGCGAUCAAGAUGUACGAGCAGGCGGUCCAGUGCGACGGCAAUUUUGAUAUUGCCUUGGCGAACCUUGCGAAUGCUGUCAAAGAUUCCGGCCGUAUUAAUGAUGCUAUUGGUUACUAUAGACGCGCCGUUAACGCCAAUCCAGACUUUGCGGAAGCCGUGUGUGGACUGGCGAAUGCUCUUAACUCUGUGUGCAAUUGGGGAGGUAGAGGCGGCAUUGCACCGAGUCGAGGCAUCCGGGAUCGAUGGCAUGUAGAUGACAAUGGAAUGCCCCAUGAAGCGAAAGAAAUGGGGGUGGAUUCUGGUUGGAUCAAACGGGUCGUCGAUAUCGUGGAUAAACAACUGAAGGACGGUGAGCUGUGGGGCUGUGGUGUGCUGAUGAACAUGUCUAUCGAACAGCUAUGCCUAUCUCUGACCGUUGCUGCGAACGACCUGUCCAUCUUCAACAAGCGGAGUGCGUUGGGUGGGAUUCUACAGUCGUGGGCAGGAAAGAAAUGGGAAGGUUCGCGCAUCGUCCGACUUAUAGAGAGAGCCAUAAGGUGGAUCGGAUGGCAGUGGUAUCAGGAUCUCUACGUUUAUCGAAAGGAAUAUAAUCCUUCCAAAUAUGCCCGUCCACAACUCCCCGCUGGACUCAGCCCACCAAAUGCGCCAACCGUUCUCCCGUUCCAUACCUUUACAUGCCCUCUUUCUGCCAAGCAAAUUCGCCAUAUUUCCCAGCGCAACGGCCUCCGAAUAUCCUGCUCCACGCUGCGCUCACCAUGGCUCCCCCCAACAGUCUAUCCACCCCCAGCACCUCCGAACCCCCACCUCAACAUCGGAUACGUGUCGUCCGACUUCAACAACCAUCCUUUGGCGCAUCUCAUGCAGUCUGUGUUUGGCUUACAUAACCCGAAACGUGUGAAAGCAUUCUGUUAUGCAACCACAGCGAGUGACAAUUCCAUCCAUCGGCAGCAGAUUGAGCGUGAAGCCCCUGUAUUUCGGGAUGUGAGCAGCUGGUCGGUUGAUAGGAUUGUCGAACAAAUUGUGGCUGAUGGGAUCCACAUCCUAGUCAACCUAAAUGGUUACACUCGCGGAGCACGAAAUGAGGUCUUCGCUGCCCGGCCAGCGCCAAUUCAUAUGUCUUUUAUGGGUUUUGCUGGGUCCCUUGGAGCCGAGUGGUGUGAUUAUAUUCUUUCGGAUCAGCUGUCGAUACCACCAGACACCUUAUCUCCACUGAGACGGAAUGUGAGGCUAGAGGAUCGCCUAUUCGAACCGGACCAUGCCGAAGAUGCGGAUGAUUGGGUGUACGGCGAAAGGAUUGUAUUCACUCGACAUACUUUCUUCUGCUGCGAUCAUAGGCAAAGUGCUCCCGAUGCUCAAGGCAAGCGAUUGACUUGGGAGGAAGAGCAGCGCAAUAGAUGGGAGAUGCGAAAGGAACUGUUCCCAAAUCUGCCAGAUGAUACAAUUAUUUUUGGCAAUUUCAACCAACUCUACAAGAUUGAACCUACCACGUUCAGAAGUUGGCUGCGUAUAUUAGCCCGCAUUCCAAAUGCAAUCCUCUGGCUUCUCCGUUUCCCUGAUCUCGGUGAACAAAAUCUUCGACAAUCAGCGGUAGCUUGGGCCGGCGAAGGUACCGCUUCACGAAUAAUUUUUACGGACGUCGCUCCGAAACAUGCUCAUAUUUCUCGUGCCCGUAUCUGUGAUCUUUUCCUUGACACGCCGGAAUGCAAUGCUCAUACUACGUCCGCCGAUAUUCUCUGGAGUGGGACUCCACUCAUCACUCUUCCUCGAUAUAAAUAUAAAAUGUGCUCUCGCAUGGCAUCCAGUAUUCUCACUAGUGCUCUUCCUCAAAACGCAGCCGGGCGUGAAGCAGCUGCCGAACUCAUCACUUCUUCCGAAGAAGAAUAUGAGAACAACGCCAUUCGUCUCGGCUUAGACAUGAAAUACGAUCCUAAUGGGAGUGGCCGGGCGAGGGGACGAUUGUUUGAACUGAGGAAAAUGCUAUUUCUAAAUCGGUGGGAGAGCAAACUAUUUGAUACUAGGAGAUGGGUGAAUGACGUCGAAACUGCGUAUGAGGCGGUCUGGAGAAAAUGGGUUAAGGGAGAAGAGGGAGACAUCUGGCUUUGAUCUUUACUGGAGCACGUUUAGUCGAUUGCUUCGUGCUUGUUUCUCAUGGGAGCGGGCGUGAGGUUAUUAUCACUUUUGUCUUGGUUUCUUUGGGAUGAUACAUCUUUUAAUCCCCAAGGCUCUUUUUACGAAUUGUGGUUUUCUAUCCUUUAAUACCUUAUUUGCCUUGUUCCCCCGAUUUGUGCUUUAUACCGCGACUUGAAUUUUGCUAUGUUCUAGAUGAGAUGUCCACCACGCCGCCGUGUUUUUGAUCAUCAUUAUUAUACCACUUUGUUCCCAUCUUCAACAUAUUGUUUGCUAUCUUAGCCUCACUUCUCUUUAGGUUGUAUUUUUUUCCUGCUCAAGUUUCGGUUCAUUGCUGCUGCAUCUUUCUUGGGUCCGGAAUGUACUCGUGGUUUACAUAUGUGCAAAGUUAUCGCGGAUGAUCCCCCUUUUUGCCUUUUUGUCUAUCACCAGUUUAGCGAGCAUGCGGCCCUUGCUUCACCCCCGUGAUAUACGGGCGGACAUCGCUCUCUCUCUCUUGUUUUGGAUCUUGGGACGCCAUUAGUAUGUGUUUCUGUGCCUUCCGCGUCCCUUCCCUUCCGCAUUUUUUUUUUUUU